AUGGAUAUUUUCAAUAAUUCACUGGACGGACGUAGAAAAAAUACUAUUUCAUACAUUCAAUCGAGUAACAAAACGAUUCUAUACGAUACAAAGCUACUGCAGUCGGAGAUAAGUACUCUGAAAGGUGAUAUCACAGAUCUACAAGUGAAGAUAAAAUCGUUGGAAGACGAUAUUCGGCGAGGUACAAAAUCUCUAUUAGAGUCUGAAACUCGUAUCAGAAAACCUUUAUCAGAUCUAGCGUCGUUUAUUUCAGUCCUGGAAAAACGUUUGAAGACUAUCGAGAAUAGAUAUAAUAUUUUAGAAUAA